AGGUCACAGUGUGUCGCCUCCGUCGUCUCUUUGGCAAAAGUUGUUCGACCUUGAGCUGUUGCUUGUACCUUGCUCGUAGCUUCAACAACAAAAUGGCAAGUGAAGAGGUUAUUACAGUACUUGUUACUGGUGCUGCAGGCCAGAUUGCAUAUUCCCUUCUGCUCCCAAUAGCUAAGGGAGAUGUCUUUGGUAGAGACAAGCCCGUUAAACUUGUGCUAUUGGACAUAACCCCAAUGAUGGCUGUGCUUAACGGGGUCGUGAUGGAACUCACAGACUGCGCAUUGCCUUUACUCAGAGAGGUUGUUGCAACUGAUGAUGAAAGCGUGGCAUUCAAAGAUGUGGAUGUGGCAUUGUUGGUUGGUGCUAUGCCACGCCGUGAGGGAAUGGAAAGAAAGGACCUUCUAGCUGCUAAUGUCAAGAUUUUCAAAUCCCAGGGUCUUGCUCUUGAUAAAUUUGCCAAGAAAACUGUCAAGGUUGUGGUAGUUGGUAAUCCGGCCAAUACCAACUGCUUUGUUUGUGCAAAGUUUGCUCCUUCCAUUCCGCGUGAGAACUUCUCAUGUCUUACCAGGUUGGACCAAAGUCGAGCUCAGGCACAGAUUGCAGCUCGAGUGGAGGGUGUUGCUGCUCAGGAUGUGAGCAGGGUUGUUAUAUGGGGGAACCACUCUUCUACUCAGUACCCUGAUGUCCGCCAUGCUGUCAUCUCGAAGGAUGGGCAGCAAAUUGGUGUUCAGGAUGCCGUCAAGGAUGACAGUUGGCUGAAGAAUGAAUUCAUCAAGACUGUCCAGACACGUGGUGCUGCAGUAAUAAAGGCACGCAAGCUGUCCAGUGCAAUGUCGGCUGCCAAUGCCAUUUGUGAUCACAUGAGAGACUGGUGGCAUGGAACUCCAGAGGGCAAAUGGGUGUCCAUGGGAGUCUCCUCUAGUGGUGCCUAUGGAAUUGAACCUGAGCUGAUCUACAGCUUCCCAGUCACAAUAGAUAAAGGUCGCAAUUGGAAGAUUGUUGAGGGCCUUCCCAUUGACGACUUCUCCAGAGAUAAGAUGGAUAAGACCAUGAAGGAGCUCCAAGAAGAACGCAGCACUGCACUGGAAACAGUUAAAGACUGACUUGUGAACAAAAUGUCGAAUCUCUGAGAUAUUAAUGUUAAAUUAGAUGGUCACUGAUUUUAACCACAGUAAAUUUGAAUUUGUCAUGAGAGCAUAUUAGAUGUGUUAGGUGCAUAAUUCUGCAAGAUAAUAAGCUUCUAGGUUUAUAACAACUUAUUCAGAUAUUGAUCAACUGUCGUAUAUUUAUCUUCACAUUCAUGACAGCGUAUAUUUGAAUGUGUAAGGUUUUAUGGUUAAACGAGAACAGUCUGAAGCAAUUGAUACUUAUUCUACAGAUGAAGGACAUGAAAUGGACUUGUAUAGCAGAAAAAUCAUGCUAGAAGCAAAUCUUUGAUGUAUGUAUGAGAUGUACUUUCUCAUCAGGUUAGGAGAUUGGCUAUGAAAAGAUCAAUGCUGAACGGGACUAGUUCUGCAGUAAACAAUUUGAUGUACUGGCAGGAACACAGAAUAACGUAUAUUGGCUUGUGAAAUUGGGGACAAUUAUUGAUGUUAUUUUGUUUGCAAGUGUUGCAACUGCUUACUGAUCAACGGUGUAAUUUGUCAGUUUAAGCUAUUAAUAAAAAUAAUUAGAAAAAAUG